AUGAAAGGGGACACGAGAACUGCAAUCGUGACCCGUUGUCCUUUGCCACAUCUUCCCCAAAGCCGUCCUCGAGCAGCAGGAUGGAUUCAAGUGUGUAGGAGACAAAUAGAAGCAUACCCUUGGACGUUUGCCACUGUUCUGUUCCAGUCUGACUGUAGCCUACCGUGCCGACGCAGCACGGAGUCAUUCCUUUAUAGCGUCCAGAACAUAAGCUUGUCGCCUCGGUCGCUAUUGACUGUUGGCUAUACUGGUGGGAGAAACGCAAAGCCUUCCUACGAGUCGGUUUGUGGCGGAGAUGGACACACAGAGGCGAUUCAGAUCGAGUAUGAUCCAGAGCAGGUGAGUUACGAUUCUCUGCUCGAUAGCUUCCUGCAAGGGCACCAGCCGAUGCGCUCCAAAGCUCAGUACAAGUCGGCGAUUUGGUAUCACAACGAGGAGCAGAGGAAGAUUGCAGAGCAGAGGAUGGAGGAGACUGGGGCUGCACCGGUUGUCGAUGUGGACGAGGCCAAGCCCUGGUACGAUGCCGAGGACCCGAAGCGAAACGGAAUCCCGCAGCUCCUGACUCCUGCCUCCCGCAGCCACGAAGGACUACCACCAGAAGUACUACGACAAGCAGAACUGCACAGUGAUGUAAAUGUUACUAAUGUACAUACUUAA